CUCAAUAGCGGCAUUCCAGCAACAUCACUUUUGUACAUACAGAUGUUUGUCGCGCGCAGCUUGGAAACAUUGUGAUUUGUGUAUAAAAACAACUAAAGUAUUUUGCAAGCGCAUCAAUAAUUAAAUGUAGACAAUUUCUGAAUGUAGUUCGCGCAACAAAAGCGUCGCGCUUGUAUACAAAAUAAUUUGUCGUCGUUUUGAUUGAUAUUUGUAAAAGUAUUUAUUGUGUGUAUGUGUCGGUUGAGAUAACUGCACACUGACAUUUGCGCAGCGAAUUUAACCGGAAUAGAAACAGUUACAACGAAUAACGAACAGAAGGCACAAACAGAAGAGGAUAGAAACAUGGCACGCGACACGCAGGGAACACAAGCCACCCAGAGUCAAGCGUCCAACAUUUGGACACAGGUUGAGAGCCAACCAAUGGAGAAGAUUGUAUGGGGUCGACUUUAUGGCAAAAAUAUUAAAAUAAAGUCAUUGGGUACGAGCAUCAAACCAUACAAAAUUAUCUAUACGAAUUCGUCCUUUUGUGUUGACUUAAACAACGACGAAUUUUCAGCUGGACGUGGAGAAGCGAAUGAUUUAAUAUUGACUCUCAAUGAUUUAUCUGAAAAGAUAUUAUCGCGCAUAUCGAAAGUACAUUUUAUCAUAAAGCGCGCCAACUGUGAAUUGACAAAUCCGGUUUAUAUACAGGAUCUCUCACGGAAUGGCACAUUUGUGAAUGGUGAAAAGAUCGGAACAAACAAAACGCGCAUUUUACAAAACGACGACAUCAUCGCGCUCUCUCACCCCACAUACAAGGCUUUUGUCUUCAAGGAUCUUAGCCCGAACGAAGCAAUUGGCUUGCCCAGUGAAAUUACAGAAACCUAUUACAUAAAUCGCAAACUGGGCUCAGGGGCCUAUGGAUUGGUCCGACUGGUCUAUGAGCGACGCACCUGCGAGCAAUUUGCCAUGAAGAUUGUUAAGAAGAACAUGUUGGAAGUAAGCGCACAUCCCAACAAUAACCAAAACGAUCCGGUUCGUGUCCUAAAUGAGGCCAAAAUCAUGAAAAAUCUUUCGCAUCCGUGCGUGGUGCGAAUGCAUGACAUUGUCGAUAAGACUGACUCUGUUUAUAUGGUGCUGGAGUUUAUGCGUGGUGGCGACCUGCUAAAUCGCAUCAUCAGCAAGAAACUGCUCAGCGAGGAUACAUCCAAACUGUAUUUCUAUCAAAUGUGCCAUGCAGUCAAGUACUUGCAUGAUAGAGGCAUCACACAUCGCGACCUGAAGCCGGACAAUGUGCUGCUGGAGUCCAGCGAUGAGGAUACUUUACUCAAAGUAUCUGAUUUUGGGCUAAGCAAAUUUGUGCACAAGGAUUCAGUGAUGCGUACGCUUUGCGGCACGCCCCUCUAUGUGGCACCAGAGGUGCUUAUCACCGGCGGACGAGCUUCAUACACCCAAAAAGUGGACAUUUGGAGCCUGGGUGUAGUUCUUUAUACAUGCCUCAGUGGAACAUUGCCAUUUUCCGAUGAAUACGGCUCACCGGCUGGUGACCAGAUUAAAAAGGGUAACUUUCGCUUCCGACAUCCGGCCUGGCAGGGUGUCUCGCAGCGCGCCAAGUUGCUGAUCAAACAGAUGCUCAUUGUGGAUCCUGAAAAGCGACCCUCAAUUGAUGCCGUACUCAAGUGCAACUGGCUGCGGGAUACAUCAAUGCUGCACAAGGCCAAGCUUCUAAUGAAGUUGGACCAUAUGGAAAUUGGCGAGGAGGAGAACAAUUUCCUAGAACCGCCUACCAAGCGGCGAAGACAAUGAAUUGAUGAGCUGACGUGAAAAAGUUUUAAUUUUCUGGAAAAAUUAAUCGGAAACAUUUUUUCCAUGACACAGCAGCAAAAGAAGUGAUUAACCAUCUUGACUCUCCUAACUUCAAAGUAUUUUUUUUCUGCGGUUGUUUAUUUUUACGUGUUGUUUAGUGUAAGUUUUGCAAUUUCGUUUUGUUGAAAAUUUUGUGUCAAAACCAAGGAAAAAGAACAUUCGAAACUCAAA